UACAUACUGGGCCCGUCUGGCCCAGAUAGGUUCCCGCUCCCGUCUGGAUUGGAUUCCAGAACCCCUUGUCCCACAGGGACCCGCCAGCUGUGGAGGCCGGGCCAGCUGUCGGUCUGCUUUGGCGGGGACAGCGAUUGACAAGGCGACCUAACGUGCUGGGCGCGACUCCUGUAUAGCGCAACUGGACGGGCAUGUCGUUAGAAGUAACUUGACCCUGGGACAAGUUCGACAUCACAGCUCCCACCUCGUCGUAUGGCGAAUUGAACAAUGAAUGGCGGCAAGGUAACGUUGAGGAGGACGGCUGGCUUAUACGCCGGUGCUGCCGUCCUGCGACUUGCCCUCUUUACUCUGUUCCCCGGUCUUCCAGACCUCCUGACUGGCCGUGUCGAGAUCUCAACGCCAGUAACAAGCUUCAAGCGCCUCCAAGAAGGCCUCUUCCUGUAUAACCAUAACGUCUCUCCUUACGAUGGCGGCGUCUACCACCAGGCGCCCCUCUUGCUGCCCAUCUUCAACUUGCUCCCGAGCUUCGCGGCGUUUCCCAUCUUCACGUACCUUCUCUACAUCGCUAUCGAUAUUCUGAGCGCCCAUGCUCUUUUAAGGAUUGCAGAGUCUGGCGAGGCCAGCUCGUCUGCGCGCUUCACCUCCCCGCGCCGUGACAAGCGUUGGAGUGGUGCCAUCAUUGCCGCGCUCUUCCUGUUCAACCCCUUCACCAUCGCGACAUGCAUUGGGCGUUCGACCACCGUCUUCACGACCUGUGCCAUUCUCCACGCCGUCGCCAAUGCCAUCUCCGGCAGACCCUUUCACGCCAUGGUCGCCCUAGCCUUCGCAUCAUACCUCUCCAUGUAUCCGCUACUCCUCCUCCCGCCUCUCAUUCUUCUUUGCUAUGACAGGCAGAAGUUGCCCGCUACCGGAGCGCCCAAUGCGUGGAUCAAGUUUACCGCGACCAUGGUUAUGGAUGCGUUUGGUGCUCUGGCAGUGCUUUUCCAAAUGUCGUUCUUCCUGACCGGCUCAUGGGAGUUCCUUAGUUCCACCUAUGGUGUGCAACUUACACUGUCUGACCUGGCCCCCAAUAUCGGCCUGUGGUGGUACUUCUUUGUCGAGAUGUUCGACUCGUUCCGUUCAUUCUUCUUGGCCGUCUUUUGGCUGCAUUUGUCGUCAUAUGUUGGCGGGUUGAGCGUGCGCCUUCGCCAGCAGCCGCUUGCGGUGAUCACUCUGCUGCUGGGUAUCUUCAGCAUCUUCAAGCCAUACCCUAGCAUCGCGGAUGCGUCGUUGUUCUUGGGCAUGGUGCCGCUGUAUAGACAUGUCUUCCCGUUGCUGCGGUAUUCGUUUGUCAUUGCUGCCAUUAUUAUUUACACGACCUUUCUCGGUCCUGCGUUCUACCAUCUGUGGAUCUAUGCUGGUAGCGGAAACGCAAACUUCUUCUAUGCUAUCACGCUUGUUUGGGGCCUUGGACUGAGCUUGUUGGUCUGCGAUCUCGCCUUUGCUGUCCUGAGGGAUGAGUGGGAGGUUGAGCGACCCGAAAUGGCCGGCAAGGAGAUUCGUCAGAUUUGAGAGGCCUACAACAAACAUAAGGCAAAUGUAAUAUAACAGUUUAGUACGUUUAUUUACAUCAUUAUCAUCGAGUGUCAACGAAGGAAAGACUCAUGGUCAUCCUGUCACCGAUUCCGUACUUGGUAUAUAUCCAGACAUCGACAACCAACUAGAGGCAUCUCUCUGCUUCACAAUCAUUCUAGUUUGAUCUCACUCCACAUCAUCUCGGCGCUUUCCGCACAUAUCCAUCAAUUCGUCACGUCUUCCAAUGGUGCAAAAACGUCCCCUUCCCGCCUGUCCGCGUCACCCAUGCCCUUUCAAGAUUACCCCUUUAUGCGUGAUUCCCAGC